AUGCAGUGGGGGAAAGGAGGGAUGCAGUGGGGGAAAGGAGGCGAAGCAGCGGCGGAAAGCAGGGGAAGCAUGGGGGGGAGAGGAGGGGAUACAAGGGGGGGGGGGGGGUCGGAGGGAAAGGAGGGGAAACAAGGGGGGAAAAGGAGGAAAGUAGGGGCGGAAAGGGGGAAAAACAGGGGGGGAAAGGAGGGGAUACAGGGGGGGAAAGGAGGGGAUACAGGGGGGGGGGGGAAGGAGGGGACGCAAGGGGGAGAAAGGAAGGGAUUGGGUGGGGGAAAGGAGGGGAAGCAAAGGGGGGAAAGGAGGGAAUGCAAGGGGGGAAAGGAGGGGAAGCAAGGGGGGGAAAGGAGGGGAAUCAGGGGCGGAAAGGAGGGGAAUCAGGGGCGGAAAGGAGGGGAAUCAGGGGGGGGGAGGAGGGGAAGCAAAGGGGGAAAGGAGGAGAAGCAAUGGGGUGAAAGGAGGGGAAGCAAGGGGGGGAAAAGGAGGGAAUGCAGGGGGGGAACGGAGGGGAAGCAAAGGGGGAAAGGAGGAGAAUCAAGGGGGGGAAAGGAGGGGAAGCAAGGGGGGGAAAGGAGGGGAAUCAGGGGGGGUGGAGGAGGGGAAGCAAAGGGGGAAAGGAGGAGAAGCAAGGGGGGGAAAGGAGGGGAAGCAAGGGGGGGAAAAGGAGGGAAUGCAAGGGGGGAACGGAGGGGAAGCAAAGGGGGAAAGGAGGAGAAGCAAGGGGGGGAAAGGAGGGGAAGCAAGGGGGGGAAAGGAGGGAAUGCAGGGGCGGAAAGGAGGGGAAUCAGGGGGGGGGGGGAGAAGGAGGGGAAGCAAGGGGGGGAAAAGGAGGGGAAGCAAGGGGGGGAAAAGGAAUCAUUGAAGCCGUUCACACCUACCCUCGCGGCUUCGCGGAUCCCCGAAUCGCCUUCGCACACUCCUGAUUCGCCCUUCCCGCGGCUCGAUUCGCCUUUCCCGCCGCCGAAUUUGCGGUUCUCGCCGCCCGACUCUCCUUUCCUGCCGCGCGGUUAUGAGUUUCCCGCCGGCCGAUUCCCUAUUCCCGCAGCCCGAUUUCCCGUCCCGCCGCCCGAUUCCCCUUCCCGCCCCCCGAUUCCCCUUUCCGCACCCGAUUCCCCUUUUCCACCGCCCGAUUUCUCUUUCCCGCAGCCCGUUUCCCCUUCCCGCCGCCCAAUCCCCCUUUCCCGCCGCCCGUUUCCCCUUCCCCGCCGCCCAAUCUUCCCUUCCCGCUUCCCGUUCUCCCCUUCCCGCCUCCCGUUCUCCCCUUCCCGCCUCCCAUUUUCCGGUUUCCGCCCCCCAUUCUCCCCUUUCCGCCUCCCUUCUCCUCCCCCCCUACCUUCUCUCUGUUACCUCCCUUUCAUCCCUUAUUCUCCCUCGUCUCUCCCUCCCGACAUCCCUCCCGUCUCUCCUUUCACUCCCUUUCAUCCCUUCCCUCCCUUCCCUCACUUCCCUCCCUUCUCUACCUUCCCUCCCUUCUCUCCCUUCGAUAAAAGUCUCUCCGUUCCCUCCUUUUCUUACCCUUCCCUCCCUUCCUUCCCUUCUCUCCCGUACCCCCUUUCCCUCACUUCUCUCCCUUCCCUCCCUUUUCUCUCCCUGUCCUCCCUUACCUCCCUCCCCUCCUUUCUCUCCCUUCUCUCGUAUCCCUCCCUUCUCUCCCUGUCCUCCCUUCUCUCCUUUCCCGUCCUUCUCUCCCUACCCUCCCUUCUCUCCCUUCCCCCCCCUACUCUCCCUGAGCCCCCUUCUCUCCCUUUCCACCCUUCUCUACCUUCCUCUUCAUGCUUCCCACCACCUCUUUCUCCUGCCUUCCCAUCCCCCCUUCAUGCUUCCCACCACCUCUUUCUCCUGCCACUUCCCACCGCCACAGCCUCUUCCCCAUCUUCCCAUCUUCCCUAUAUCCCUACCAUACAGUUCCAUGAUAUUCCAUACCCUUUCAUACCACAGCCAUACCCUCCCAUCCCCUUCCAUACCCUCCCAUCCCCUUCCAGCCCCUCAUCCCCUUCCAACCCCUCUCAUCCCCUUCCAGCCCCUCUCAUCCCCUUCCAGCCCCUCUCAUCCCCUUCCAGCCCCUCUCAUCCCCUUCCAGCCCCUCUCAUCCGUGCUUUUCUUGCAGGCGGGGUGCCUCCCCCUCCAGACAUCCUACCACCUGUGCCAGUCCCCACACAUCAAAGCCACCUCUCCACUACAUCCCACACUAGUUUCAUUCUCGUCUCCAACAACCCUCACAUUACAUUCCCUUGA